UCUCCACAAACAAACUUGUACUAGAAAAAUCCCUAAAUCUCAACAAAACCCUAAUUUCAAGGAAGACGAAGAAAGAAUGAGUUACAGAGUCGCUAAAGCAUCGCAGUAUCUUGCGAUCACCGGUGGUGGGAUCACAGACAUCAAGCUUGCAAAGAAGUCUUGGGUGUUUCCAUGGCAGUCUUGCACCGUCUUCGACGUUUCUCCGGUGAACUACACGUUCGAGGUUCAAGCUAUGAGUUCCGAGAAACUUCCCUUUGUUAUUCCUGCUGUUUUCACAAUCGGUCCUCGCGUUGAUGAUCCUCACGCUCUCUUGUUGUAUGCCAUGCUUAUGUCUCAACACGAUAAGCACUCGAAUCACGUCAAUGAGCUUGUUCAGGGUGUUAUCGAAGGAGAGACUCGUGUUCUUGUUGCUUCCAUGACUAUGGAAGAGGUCUUCAAAGGAACAAAGGAGUUUAAGAAGGAAGUGUUUGACAAGGUUCAGCUAGAGCUAAACCAGUUUGGUCUUGUGAUCUACAACGCCAAUGUGAAGCAGCUUGUUGAUGUGCCUGGACAUGAGUACUUCUCUUACUUGGGCCAGAAGACUCAGAUGGAAGCAGCAAACCAAGCCAAGAUCGAUGUAGCAGAGGCAAAGAUGAAGGGAGAGGUUGGUGCCAAAGAAAGGACUGGACUCACAAUCCAGAAUGCAGCCAAGAUUGACGCUGAGUCAAAGAUCAUCUCUACUCAAAGGCUAGGAGAAGGGACAAAAGAGGAGAUCAAGGUGAAGACUGAAGUCAAAGUGUUUCAGAAUGAGAAAGAGGCUCUUGUUGCUAAGGCUGAUGCAGCACUUGCGAUUCAAAAGGCUGCUUUGUCCCAAAACUCUCGUGUGGCUGAGGUUGAAGCAGCCAAGGCUGUUGCUUUGAGGGAAGCUGAGCUUCAGACUAAAGUAGAGAAGAUGAAUGCAUUGACUCGGACAGAGAAGCUUAAAGCUGAGUUCCUCAGUAAAGCCAGUGUUGAGUAUGAAACUAAGGUGCAAGAAGCGAACUGGGAGUUGUACAAUAAGCAAAAGCAAGCAGAAGCUGUUCUUUACGAGAAGCAGAAGCAAGCGGAAGCGACGAAAGCUGCAGCUGAUGCUGCCUUCUAUUCAAAACAGAAAGAUGCAGAGGGACUUGUCGCAAUGGCCGAUGCUCAGGGGACUUACCUCAAGACCCUCUUAGGCGCAGUUAACAAUGAUUACUCAGCCAUGAGAGACUUCUUGAUGAUCAACAAUGGCAUUUAUCAGGAUAUUGCCAAGACCAAUGCUGUUGCGAUCAGGGACCUGCAGCCUAAGAUCAGCGUGUGGAACCAUGGUGGUGCUGAGCAGGGGAUGAACGGUGGUGGUAAAGCUACGAUGAACGAUAUUGCUGGACUCUACAAGAUGUUACCACCGGUUCUUGAUACGGUUUAUGAGCAGACAGGGAUGCAGCCACCAGCUUGGAUUGGUACAUUGCGUGGUGCUGAGCCCAAACAAUCACUUCAUGCUCAACAACACAGAGGUUGAGAUCUCAAAUGUUGCUUCUUUAAUUAUACUUUUAGCUGUUGGGGUUUGUUUUCUUUUUCUUAUGUUAUAGAACUUGGAAGUUAGAGUUUGAAGUUAAAACAAUAGUAUCUGACAAAUGCGACUUCGACUAGUGAUUUCGAUAAGGAUGUGUUUUUCCUUUUUCAAAUGUCAGAUUUAUUAUUGCGUGUUGAAGAUACCUUUCUUCUCUCUUGAUACACUAAUAUAAAUAACAUGUUUAGUGGUGGUCUACUAAAAUAAACAGAAGGGGAUUAUCAACACAUGAUUGCUUCAAUAGUUGAAUGCAAUUGUGGAGAUGGAUGUACCUUCCAGAUGGAUAAUCAAGG